GUCUAGGAGCGCGCAGGCGGGUGCGAAGGACGGGCUGGGCGAUGCGGACGAGCUGGUACUUGGUGGCUGCCUGGGCCCUUCUGGCUGUGGCUGCAGCUCAACACAGGGCCGGCAGCAGAGGCCAGGGGAGCGAUCGACGGAACCGACUGCCCUUGGUCGAGGGGUCCUGGAACUCCCAGCUGUACCCCCGCUGGCAGGAGGGCGACCCCCGGCAGCAGAACUGCUGGAGAGGCGGCACCGUGACCUUUGACAUCAGCAACGACGCCCCCACCAUGACGGGCGCCAGGGCCACCUUCGCCAUCGCCCUGCGCUUUCCCGGCACCCAGACGGUGCUUCCCGACGGCCGGGUCGUGUGGAGCCAGAACUGCACCGUGAACGGUACCCGGGUGAGACAGGGCGACGCUGUCUUCCCAGAGGAGCCGGGCGAGGGCCCUGGUGGCGUCUUCCCCGACGGGCAACCCUUCCCCCGCAGCACCCGGGGCAAGCGCAGCAAGUUCGUCUACGUUUGGCGGACCUGGGGGCAGUACUGGCAGGUGGUAGACGGCCCCUCCUCGCUGCUGACGGUGGAGACGGCCGGCGUGCCCCUGGGCUCCUAUGCCAUGGACGUGCAGGUCUAUCACUACCGCGGGCGCCAGAAGUUCAUCCCCAUGGGCCGGGCCACGUCCCAGUUCAGCAUCACGGACCAGGUGCCCUUCGCCGUGGACAUCUCCCAGGUGCUAGACGUGGACGGGGGCGACCAGCACUUCGUCCGGAACCGGGCCGUGGCCUUCAGCGUCCGGCUGCACGACCCCAGCCACUACCUGCAGACCGCCGACAUCUCCUACUCCUGGGACUUUGGGGACCAGAGCGGGACCCUCAUCUCCCGCGCCAGCACCGUCACCCACACCUACCUGGAGGCCGGCCCCGUCCAGCCCCGCGUGGUGCUCCAGGCUGCCAUCCCCGUGGCCUGCAGCAGCACCUCGCCAGCGCCGGUCGUGGACCCCACCACGGCCCCCCCGGCGCAGCCCACCUCUGCCUCAGCUCCAGCCAGCCUGGCGCCCAGUGGGGGUGCCACGCAGACCCCGGGCCCGGCGCCCAGCGUGGUACCCACCGCCACGGCCGAGCCAGCGACACCCACGGCAGGCCCGGCCUCCGUCCCUGCCAGCCCCGCAGAGCCCGGCACAGGUGCCACCCUCCCCAGUGCUGUGACCCCGGCCGCCGCCAGUACCACAGCUCCCACCCCCGCCUUGGAAACCGGCACCGUGCCCACCGUGGCACCCGGGUCCGUGGUCACCGUCGUCGCCUCAGACCUGGCCGUGGCUUCUGCAGAUCCACCGCUCCCUGCCUCUGUCUCUGCUGCUGGGGACCCGCCGGGCACCUCGCCACCAGCGUCCGCGUCCUCCAUGGCCAACCCGCCGGGCACCUCGCCACCAGCGCCCGCGUCCUCCGUGGCCAACCCGCCGGGCACCUCGCCACCAACGUCCGCGUCCUCCGUGGCCAACCCGCCGGCCAGUGUGGCAGGAACCGUGGCCAACACUAGCUUGGGAGUAGCAGACGCAGAGCCUGCCGCACCUGAGGCUCUUGUGCUGGCCAAGCGGCAGGCGCCCGCCGACUGCCUCCUGUACCGAUACGGCACCUUCUCGACGGAGCUGGAGAUCGUGCAGGGGAUCGAGAGCGUGGAGAUCGUCCAGGUGGUGCCGCUGGCCCCGGCGGCGGGCGAGAACGCCGUGGAACUCACUGUGACCUGCCAGGGGAGCCUGCCGGACGAGGUCUGCACCACCGUCUUGGACCCCACGUGCCUCACGCCCCAGCAGCGCGUCUGCAGCCCCGUGCCGCCCGCGCCCGCCUGCCAGCUCCUGCUGCGACAGGCCUUCAACCAGAGCGGCCUCUACUGCCUCAACGUCUCGCUGGCCAACCCCGCCAGCCUGGCCGUCGCCAGCACCCAAGUCAGCGUCCGAGGUGCCGAUCCCGCCACGCCCAGGAUCACACUCAUCGUGGGGCUCAUGCUGGUGGCCGUGGCCCUCGGCGCCGUGUCCUACGCCUACAGGCGUGUGAAGUACAGACCCCUGCCCGCCGGCCCCGCCCACAGCCCCCUGCCCCGGGCGUGGCUGCCCGACCGCGCCGCCCUACGGCUCUUCCUGCGCCAGGCCUUCGGCACCGCCCCCACCGGCGAGAACAGCCCCCUGCUGAGCGGCAACGUGGUGUAGAGCCGGCGACGCCCCCCGCAGGACCCGGCCCCAGAGCGCCCCGGCCCGGCCCCUCCUCCUGGCAUUCGGGGUGGGGGCUGGGAUGCCCCAGAGCCGCACUGCUCCCUGCCCCCACAGCACGGUGGGAAGGGGGGGGGGGGUUUUCAGGUGCCCGUGUCCUUA